ACAAGGCAGAAGCCACUGUUGCCCUGAAAAAGACAAGCAUCCUCGAAUCCCAUAUAUAAAAAAUACACUGCUGCUUGAGCGCGAUGCUGCGAGUACUGCUGCUGUGCAUGGCCGGCUUCGGCCUUUGUUUCGGCCAGGGAUUCAAGCCCGGCAAGUGCCCAGAGUUCACCUCUAAGACAGACUUCGAGGUGGGGCCGUACCUGGGAAAAUGGUUGGAAAAUGCCCGAUUCCCCACAAAGGAUCAGGAAGGUCAGACCUGUAACUUCGCCGAGUAUUCAGACAAUGGGGACGGGACGGUCGGCGUGCACAACGCGGGACUAGAGGCUGACGGCACCUUCACGGAAAUCUACGGCUACGUGGAGCUGACAGACGUGCCCGGCUCCCUCGCCCUUCACCUGGAUGGCGUUCCCUUCGUGGGUGCUUACGACGUGCUGGAGACAGACUAUGAGACCUACACCUCUGUCUAUUCGUGUGUUGACUUCCUCGGGUUGGGAUACAUGGACCAGGCGUGGGUGCUGGGGCGUCAUGUGCUUUCUGAAGAGGAGCUCAACCUCGCCCGCUCUGCCUUCACUCGCUGGGGCAUCGACAUCAGCUCCUUCCAGUACACGCCUCAGACGGACUGUUCUGCGCUGCCCUGAGCAUCUCUGCCCAGCCAGCCCUCCCUUUCUCUACUCGUGGUAGUGAAGGAAUGCUCGUCUCUUAACUAAUCUCUUUAUGCAGGUGUUUUCCCGCUAGUACCUGCAUUCCAAAAAUCCUGUACAAACAAAUCAUUCCCUCCACAUGAAGGAAUGACUGAGACCAGGAGGAGUAGAAGUACUACUCCACGAGCCGAAUCAUUUCCACACGAGGGAGGAAAGGGCGGGAGCAGCAACACUUACUUGUGUUUCAUUAAGGACUACCUGUUCACUAGUAGUUAGAAUAUUGACUUUACAUUUGUAACUAGUAAAAGAUAAUGAAAGA